UAUUUGUUAAAGAACACAUCCAUGCCAUUCAUGAACUGUCUGUUUUUUAUAGGUGACUACACGGACUUCUACUCCUCCAGAGAUCAUGCCACUAAUGUUGGGAUCAUGUUCCGGGGAAAGGAGAACGCUCUCAUGCCAAACUGGUUGAGGCUUCCUGUGGGAUACCAUGGUCGGGCAUCAUCAGUGGUUGUUUCUGGGACUCCCAUCCGCCGCCCUUCAGGCCAGAUGAGGCCUGAUCAGACAAAACCUCCAGUGUUUGGCCCAUCUAAGAAGCUGGACAUUGAACUGGAGAUGGCAUUCUUUGUUGGAGGAGGUAAUCCGCUAGGGGAACCAAUUCCUAUCCAAAAAGCCCAUGAACACAUCUUUGGAAUGGUACUCAUGAAUGACUGGAGUGCUAGGGACAUCCAGGCCUGGGAGUAUGUUCCAUUGGGACCUUUCCUGGGGAAGAAUUUUGGGACAACUAUUUCACCUUGGGUCGUCCCCAUGGAGGCACUGUUACCCUUUGCUGAGCCUAACCCCAUUCAGGAUCCAGAACCCCUCCCAUACCUGCAACACAAUGAUGCGUAUACUUUCAAUAUUAAUCUGUUUGUUUCACUAAAAGGCAAAGGCAUGGCUGAAGCUGUGAACAUCUGCAGAUCAAACUUUAAGUACAUGUACUGGACCAUGAAGCAGCAGCUUACCCAUCACACAGUCAAUGGUUGCAAUGUCAAACCAGGAGAUCUGCUCGCUUCAGGCACCAUCAGUGGACCUGAUCCAGAGAGCUUUGGCUCCAUGCUUGAGCUGUCGUGGAAUGGGUCUAAGAACAUUGACCUGGGAGGAGAAGAAACUAGAACCUUCUUGAAUGAUGGAGAUGAAGUCACUAUAUCAGGUUACUGUGAAGGAGAUGGCUACAGGGUGGGCUUUGGGACGUGCCAGGGAACAAUCCUUGCAGCUUUGCCGCUCUAAAACAGAUGUCUACUUACACAAGUAUUUCACUUGGCUUUGAUGACAACAAUGAAAAACUGCAACAUGGACAACUCCUUUCCCCUCACUCUCCUCUUCUCUUUAAAAGAGGUGCUAUGGGCUUUAGUAAAUAAUAAAUGCAGAUUUCUCUCAGUGUAAUCUCUGACCUUGUUACUGAUAUAUAAUGAAAUAUCCAUCCAGCAGAGAGAUUGUCCCGUAUCAUAUCACAAUGUUGCUGCUGUACCAGGAUCAGUGUUACUGAUGUUUUGUAUCUCCUCUAUGAUGAAAUCAUCCAUUUUAAAUUUGGUUCUGUUAUUGUCUUGUUUUCAUGCUGACUUACUCUGCCACCUCAGGAACACAGCUGCAUUCAGAAUGAAUACAUCCAAUUAUCCAACUGGAGCUCUUCCACUCCCCACUUCAAUAGGAGUUGAUCUGAGAUGAAUAUAUUAUCUCUGUAUGUCACCUUACAGAGCAGCAACUUAAAAAAUAGUUAAACGUAAAUGUUCAGAUCACUCUGAUUUUUUUGGCGCUCAGGACUUGUAAA